GCAUCCUGAGUAAUGAGUGGCCUGGGCCGGAGCAGGCGAGGGGGCCGGAGCCGGGCGGACCUGGAGGAGCGGUGGUUACUCAGCUGCCGCAAGGAGCAAGACAGGUUCUAUGACCAUCUCCUGAGGCGUUGUGUCAGCUGUGCCUCCAUCUGUGGACAGCACCCUAAGCAAUGUGCAUACUUCUGUGAGAACAAGCUCAGGAGCCCAGUGAACCUCCCACCAGAGCUCAGGAGACAGAGGAAUGGAGAACUUGAAAACAAUUCAGACCAAGGAUCGGGGCACAGAGGCUCAGAAGCAAGUCCAGCUCUCCCAGGGCAGAAGCUGAGUGCGGAUCAGCUGGCCCUGGUCUACAGCACGCUGGGGCUCUGCCUGUGUGCCGUCGUCUGCUGCUUCCUGGUGGCGGUGGCCUGCUUCUUCAAGAAGAAGGGGGAUCCCUGCUGCUGCCAGCCCCACACAAGGCCCUGUCAAAGUCCGGCCAAGUCUUCCCAGGAUCACGCAAUGGAAGCCAGCAGCCACGUGGGCACAUCCCCCGAGCCAGUGGAGACUUGCAACUUCUGCUUCCCCGAGUGCAGGGUGCCCACCCAGGAGAGCACGGUCACACCUGAGGGCCCCGACCCCACUUGCACUGGAGGGUGGGUAUGCCACGCCAGGACCACAGUUCUGCAGGCCUGCCCGCGUAUCCCAGACGGCCGUCUUGGCAUCGUGUGUGUGCCUGCCCAGGAGGGGGGCCCAUGUGCAUAAAUGGGGGGCUUAAAGGGAAAGGAUGAGGGAGACAGAUGGAGAGAGGGAGAGAGAGAAAGAGAGGUGAGGAGAGGGGAGAGAGCUAGGGAGAGAGAUACGGA